GAUUCAAGAUGAUAUUGAGAGCGUCCAAUUAUGGUGUAACACAUGGAAAAUGAAGUUUAACGUUGAAAAAUGUGGUGUGCUAUGCUCCAAAAGCAUUUCAUCUGAACUUUCCAUCUCCCUACACAACAAACAUAUUCCUCGUCUGCCGCUUACAACAGACUUGGGUCUGAAAUACACUCCAGAAUUUAGCCUGGCUGAAUACGUUAAAUUACAAGUAUCAAAGGUCAAAAGGCUCUUUGGAUUUUUAUUCCGAAACUUUAAGACCAGUGAAUCCAAAAUAAUGCUGUACAAGUUGUGCGUAAGGCCCUUACUUGAAUUUUGUCCCCCUAUCAUGGACAGUGUCUCCGUAAAAGACAGAUGCAAAUUAGAAAGUCUACAAAGGGCGUUUACUAAACGUCUAGUAGGUGAUAAUCUUUGCAUCUCUUACUAUGACAGAUGUAAUCUAUUCGACUUGGAACCCUUAUGGGUUAGACGACUGAAGUUCAACCUAAAAAUUACAUUUAGGAUUGCCAAAGGGCUUAUAUAUUUCCCCCACAAUGACUUUACUUUCAGUUCACCUAAGAAAUAUAACCUGAGAAAUAAAUCUUCUUCUUUUAAAGUUCCCCGCUGUCAUACAAAAUACAGAUCAAACUCUUUCACUGUGAGAUACCGUUGCAUUUGGAACCGUCUUCCAACUGAAAUUAGAGACAGUCCUACCCCAAAAACUUUCUCAUCUUUGCUGAACAAAUAUUUCAUUAACAACGGGUUAGAAGGGGUAUGUGACAAACUAAAAAUUAGAGAUCUAAUACGGCACUCCUCUGAUCCUCACUGUUAGCUCCUGAAAUCUGUAAACCCUAUGUGUGACAGUCACUUUCACUAUGAUUGCUUUCACAACCCUAGACACCUAUUCUUAAUCAGCCUUAAGUUUUAAACUUUUUUUUAAUUUCCUUCAAAUAUUUUUGCAUAUAUCCCUGAUAAUAUUGUAUUAUGAGUAUUUCAGUAUGCUAAGGUUCAAUCUCAAAUUCCAGAUGCAAAUCAACUGAAGACGACUGGUAUUAAAAUAUCUCCAGAGCCUGCCUAGUGCUAUACGUCUAGCUCUACGCAAAUUAAGGCCAAAA